AUGGAUGAGCUGGAUCUCACGGAUAAGAACCGGGAGGCCAUGUUUGCUCUGCCGGAUGAGAAGAAAUGGCAAAUCUACUGCAGCAAAAAGAAGGAGCAGGAGGACCCCAACAAGCUGGCCACGAGCUGGCCCGACUACUACAUCGACCGCAUCAACUCCAUGGCUGCGAUUGGACCUGGUCUCAGUGAUCUGGUCCUCGUCAUGUCCCCCUCCCUGUCUCCCCUCCCUGUCUCCCUCCCUGUCUCCCCUCCCUGUCUCCCUCCCUGUCUCCCUCCCUGUCUCCCUCCCUGUCUCCCCUCCCUGUCUCCCUCCCUGUCUCCCUCCCUGUCUCCCUCCCUGUCUCCCUCCCUGUCUCCCUCCCUGUCUCCCUCCCUGUCUCCCUCCCUGUCUCCCUCCCUGUCUCCCUCCCUGUCUCCCUCCCUGUCUCCCUCCCUGUCUCCCUCCCUGUCUCCCCUCCCUGUCUCCCUCCCUGUCUCCCUCCCUGUCUCCCCUCCCUGUCUCCCCUCCCUGUCUCCCCUCCCUGUCUCCCCUCCCUGUCUCCCCUCCCUGUCUCCCUCCCUGUCUCCCUCCCUGUCUCCCUCCCUGUCUCCCUCCCUGUCUCCCUCCCUGUCCCCCUCCCUGUCCCUGUCCCCUUCCCUGUCUCCCUCCCUGUCUCCCCUUCCCUGUCCCCUUCCCUGUCCCCUUCCCUGUCCCCUUCCCUGUCCCCUUCCCUGUCUCCCUCCCUGUCUCCCCUUCCCUGUCCCCUUCCCUGUCCCCUUCCCUGUCUCCCUCCCUCUGGUGCAGAUGCAGACUCUGUUUGCCUUCGACGAGGAGGAAAUGGAGAUGAGGAACAAAGUGGUGGAGGACUUAAAGACGGCUCUACGGACACAGCCAAUGAGGUUCGUAACUCGCUUCAUCGAGCUGGACGGCCUCACGUGUCUGCUGAACUUCCUGCGCAGCAUGGACUUCGAGACGGGGGAGAGUCGGGUUCACACCUCGGUGAUCGGUUGCAUCAAAGCCCUCAUGAACAACUCUCAGGGUCGCGCUCACGUCUUGGCUCAUCCCCAAAGCAUCAACACCAUCUCCCAGAGCCUCCGCACAGAGAACAUUAAGACCAAAGUGGCGGUGCUGGAGAUCCUGGGGGCCGUGUGCCUGGUCCCCGGUGGACAUAAGAAGGUACUGCAGGCCAUGGCGCACUACCAGAAGUACGCGGCGGAAAGAACUCGCUUUCAGACUCUUCUAAAUGAACUGGACAGGAGCACGGGGCGCUACAGAGACGAGGUCAGCUUGAAGACGGCCAUCAUGUCUUUCAUCAACGCCGUGCUCAACGCCGGAGCAGGAGAGGACAACCUUGAGUUCCGGCUUCAUCUAAGGUACGAGUUCCUGAUGUUGGGGAUCCAGCCGGUCAUCGACAAACUCAGAGAACAUGAGAACGCGACGCUAGACCGACAUUUGGACUUUUUUGAGAUGGUGCGAAAUGAGGACGACUCUGAAUUAGCCAAAAGAUUUGACUUGAACCAUGUGGAUACCAAAAGUGCUGGUGCCAUGUUUGAGUUGAUCAAGAAGAAGCUGAACCAUUCGGACUCGUACCCUCACCUCCUGUCGAUCCUUCAGCACUGCCUGCAGAUGCCCUAUAAACGCAGUGGUUUGCAGCACUGGCAGCUGUUGGACCGAAUCCUGCAACAGAUUGUGCUUCAAGAUGAUAAAGGAGAAGACCCUGAUCUGGCUCCACUCGACAACUUUAGCGUAAAGAACAUCAUUCGCAUCCAAAGCUUCCAAGGACAUUCAAGGCUGGUUAAUGAGAAUGAGGUGAAGCAGUGGAGAGAGCAGGCCGAGAAGUUCAGGAAAGAUCAUGCAGAACUGAUGGCCAAACUCGAGAAAAAGGAACGUGAAUGUGAAACGAAGACUCAGGAGAAAGACGACAUGAUGAAGACCCUGAACAAGAUGAAGGACAAGCUGCAGCGAGAGGGCGUGGAGCUGCGAUCAGCGCGGGAACAAGUCCUGGACCUGUCCUCGCGCAUCACCGACAUCUCCACUGGCACGUUCCCGCCUGCACCCCCUCCCCCCGGGGGUCCUGCUGGCCCCAUGCUGCCUCCCCCUCCUCCUCCCCCCAUGACGGCCGGCUUCCCCCCUCCUCCCCCACCUCCUCCCAUGAGUUGCCCCCCUCCGCCGCCUCCUCCACCUCCCCCCGGGGCCCCGCCACCUCCUCCAGGAGCCCCACCCAUGUUCGGCGCCCCUCCACCUCCCGUUCUCUCCUUCGGAUCCACGCACUCGCAGCGUUCCAGGUCCAUCCCUCAACCGUCGCAUCCUCUGAAGUCCUUCAACUGGGCCAAACUGGGGGAGCACAUGCUCAACGGCACGAUCUGGAACGAGAUCGAUGACCUCAGAGCGUUUGAAAUCCUCGACCUAAAAGACAUAGAGAAGAUGUUUUCAGCCUAUCAGAGGCAGCAGGACCUGCUCACUAACCAAUCAUUCAAACAGAAAGAAACCGGUUCCAUGGACGACUUGUACGUCAGCACGAAGAAGGUCAAAGAGCUGUCGGUCAUCGAUGGUCGCCGCGCCCAGAACUGUGUCAUCCUGCUUUCAAAGUUGAAAAUGAGCAACGAGGAGAUAAAGAGAGCGAUUCUGGAGAUGGACGAGAGGGAGGAGCUGGCCAAAGACAUGCUGGAGCAGCUGCUGAAGUUCAUCCCAGAGAAGAGCGACAUCGACCUGUUGGAGGAGCACAAGCACGAGCUGGAGCGCAUGGCCCGAGCCGACCGCUUCCUCUUCGAGAUGAGCCGAAUCGACCACUACCAGCAGCGGCUGCAGGCGCUGUUCUUCAAGAAGAAGUUUGCUGAACGACUCGCUGAAACCAAGCCCAAAGUUGAAGCCCUCCUGAGCGCAUCGAAGGAGGUGGUCCGGAGUAAGCGGCUGACUCAGAUCCUGGAGGUGGUCUUGGCGUUUGGGAACUUCAUGAACAAAGGCCAAAGAGGAAACGCCUUCGGUUUCAAGGUUUCCAGCCUCAACAAAAUCGCUGACACCAAGUCCAGCAUCGACAGGAAUAUUACCAUGUUGCACUAUCUCAUCAUGAUCUUUGAGAAGAACUAUCCGGACACGCUGCAGAUCCAAAACGACCUCGGCAGUGUCCCCGAGGCUGCGAAAGUGAACUUGGCGGAUUUAGAAAAAGAAGUGCAUCAUAUCAAAAGCGGACUGAAGGCACUCGAGGCGGAGCUUCAGUACCAGCAGAGCAGAAUGAGGGAGCGCGGCGAUAAGUUUGUGGCUGUAAUCGGAGACUUCAUCACCGUGGCCGGCUUUAGCUUCUCUGAACUGGAGGACCAGCUGAGUGAGGCCAAGGACAAGUUUUCCAAAGCCCUGAGACACUUUGGGGAAGACGAAGGACGGCUGCAGCCCGACGACUUCUUUGGGAUCUUUGACACAUUCAUGCAGUCGUUCGGUGAAGCGAGACAAGACCUGGAGAACAUGCAACGGCGCAAAGAGGAGGAGGAGAGACGGGCUCGAAUGGAGGCCAUGCUGAAGGAGCAGAGGGAGCGCGAGCGUCGCAGCAAGAAGCCGGGAACAACGGAGGAAGUGGGCGGAGAGUUCGACGACCUGGUGUCGGCUUUACGCUCCGGCGAAGUUUUCGACAAGGACCUCAACAAGUUCAAACGAAACCGCAAGCGCUCCGUGAACCAGCUGGUGGAAGGCAGCGGCGGCCGGGAGCGCGCCGUCUCCAAGGUCACCUACUAA